GCUGCCCGAGAAUCACAGGAAACUCAGCACUUUAUUAGGGUACAAGUACACCUAGUACAGCAGUAACACAGUAGUAUUUACAGUAAGUAGUUCCAGCAAUACAAUAACUUGUACUUCAGUCAGCAGUACUCAGGACUCUACAGUAGUACUCAGGACUCUACAGUAGUACUCAGGACUCAGUGGACUCUGAUGGCUAAAUGGGGUGAAGGAGAUCCUCGGUGGAUCGUGGAGGAGAGAGCCGACGCCACCAACGUCAACAACUGGCACUGGACAGAGCGUGAUGUCAGCGGCUGGUCAUCAGAACGCCUCCGUCAGCUGCUCCUGGCGGUCCGGGUGGAGGGACCUGAAGGUGUCUGUCAGGUGACUGAUGUCUCCAAGCUGGACGGAGAAGCUUCCAUCAACAACCGCAAAGGAAAACUGAUCUUCUUCUAUGAGUGGCAGCUGAGAGCCAGCUGGCUGGGGACGACCAACAGUGGAGUCAAGUACAGAGGAACCGUUGAAGUGUCCAACCUGUCAGACGAAAAUGACUUGGACGACCUCGAUAUCUCAGUGUCUCUGUGUAAGGACCAGCCCAACACGCCGCUCCUAGACCUCAUGAAGAAGAGCGGGGCUCAGGAGGUCCGGAGGGUUCUGGGCGACUACGUCCACCAGCUCAAAUCAGAGUUCAGUCAGGGGAUGAUCCUUCCCGCCGCACACGGACCGAAGCUGCCGCAACCUCAGACCAAGCAGAAGCAGGUCUGCACCAGUAAGACUCAGAUAAGCCCCGCCCCCAGGGACUCCUCCAGCCCUGCCCCCUGUCCUGUUCGUAUCUCAACCUGCAGCUUUAAUCUGAAGGAAACCUUCCAAACGUCACCUGAUGAGCUCUACAGGACCUUCAUCAACCAGGAGUUUGUGCAGGUGUUCACCCGCUCGGCGGCGGUGGUGGACGGGCGUCGUGGAGGGAGGUUCCAGAUGCUGGACGGGAGCAUCAGCGGAGAGUUCACAGAGCUGGUAACAGACCAGAGGAUCGAGAUGAGGUGGCGGUUCAGGACGUGGCCCAGCGAGCACUACGCCACUGUCAUUCUGCAGCUGGAGGACCGAGGAGACGAGACAGAGCUGAGGAUGGAGUGUCGAGGAGUCCCUGCAGGAGAGGAGGACUACACCAGGGAGGGCUGGACCCGGUUCUACUUCCAGGGCAUCAAACAGACCUUUGGAUACUGAGACUGAUAUACCGAACCCUGCAGUUUUAUCCUGUUGUUUUUCAAUUACACGUGGAGUCCCUCAGGGAGGCGUCCCUGUGAUGAUUUAAAGGAACAGUCCAACAUUUGAAUAAAGAGAUAGGUCCAGGUUAGCCUAGCUUAGCAUAAAGACUGAAAGCAGGGAAACUAUUAGCCUAGCUCCCUCAAGAGUGGAAAAAAGAGCAACUCAAAUAUGAUUUUUGCAGAAGGUCACAAAUUUUAAAGUGACUUUAUUCAUAAAGAUUUAUCUUCGGCUGGUUGUUUAAAGGUUCAGUUAUUAACGCUCUGACUGUCGACGCCCUCACAACGUUUUGACUCAACACUCAGAUGAACGGUCUGUAUUUACGUCCAUGCUUCAAAUUAAUUGAAACUUGGAAAAAAUGUUUUUUCUCUCUACAGCCACUCCAGAGCGCCAUAAUCCUAAACAGAGUACUUUUACUUUGAUUACUUGAUAAUAAUACUUUGUAUGUUUCUUAUGCAACAUUGUUUUUUUUGUCUUCACUGGCAUUAAUUAAAAAAAAAAAAGAAAGAAAUGCAAAUGUGGGGUUCCCUGACUGUCUUUCUUCAGAUGAGCUUUGCUCCACUGGGUCUCUAAAUAAAGACAGUGAGAUGUAGCUGAAAAAGACA